CUACGUUGACGCAAAUCUGCGACGCACAGUGAAACGUCAUCACGCUGCGCUUCCUGGUUCGGACUUGUUGCGGGAAAAACAACUUGUUGAAAUGUUUGAACGGUUUAUCGCCACUUGCAAAGAUUGUGGUGAGGGGUUUAUCAGGAUAUAAGGAUUUAACUCAUUCAGGUAUCCCCUGUCCUCUGGAGAUCCCCUACAUCAGCGUCCAUGGAGUCAGAGGGCACUGAAUUCACGCCAGCGGGCCCGGCGCCUGUAGCUGAAGUCUUCAACUCCAUCAGGGAGCGCGCAAUCGCAGAGAAUAGCAUGGUCGUCCUGCUGCAGGGUCUGCAGGGAGAGGUAACCACGGUGGACCUGAGGAACGAGAGCACGGCGCGGGGACGCGUGGUCAACGUGGACGCCUUCAUGAACGUACGUCUGGCGGACGUGCUGUACAGAGACAGUCGGGGCAAGCUCACCAAGCUGCAGGACAUGUUCAUCACAGGCAGGAACGUUCGCUACGUCCACAUCCCGGACCACGUGGACAUCAUGAAGACCAUAGAGAGCCAGCUGGCCAAGAUCCACCGUGUCCGCAACUUUGCCAGUCAUGGAGGGGGCAGAAAAGAGUACGCAAAGAAAACCAAAUAACUUUUCUUUUUUGUUGAAGGAUACAAAAGAAACUCAGAUGAGAACUGCUUGUGCAAGACUACUCCAAUAAUACUUGGGGUCAAAAAGCAAGUUUAUCUUGUGAUUGGGGGACUGGCAUCACACUCGAUCAGUAGUUUCCAACCUGAGGGGUCACACUAUGAUUCAAGGGAUAAGAAUGAAAAGAAUAUGUCAGCAGUACACAAAUACUUUCUUUCUGUCAUUUUUUUUUUGUUGGUGUAAAACAUGGACACUUCACUUGAUCAGGCCUCUAAAAGUCAUUCAAAUGAAUCUUAAAAGGGAAAAUCUCUCGUUUGAGCUGCACUCAUGUGCGCACCAAGACCCCAACCUGUGAUGACUUCGGGUCAUGAGAUGAAAAGGUUGGGUGUUACAUCCUCACCGUUUCUAUGACUGCAAAUAACAAUUGUUUUCAUUAUGAAUUCUUCUUGAAUAAUUGAUGUAUCUUUUUUUCUAUAGAAUGUUGCAAAACUGUGAAAAAUUAUGAAAUUCCCAGAGUUAUCUGACCAAAACCCAAAGAUAUAGACUUCAUAGUGGUUUGCAAACAGAUGCAGCAAAUACUGACAUUUUGUAAAGCUGGAGAAUAUUUUGGAAUUCUUGCUUUAAAAAUAAUUAUUUAAACAUUUAAUCAUUUAUGAAAAUAGUUUCAUAUUCAUUUUCUUUCAAGCUGAUUGUUGCAGCCCUAAAAACAACAUGAGCUUCUUUGAUGAACCACUGGACUAGCUAAUGAGUUGAACACUUUCCUUGUGUUUUGGUAGUUGGGUUUGAAGUUUGUAACUAACACAAAAUAGCCUUUUCUUUUUAAAUACAUUCAGGAGUUAUGAAUAAAGAUGCUCCCAAUUAACUUGGCCCCUCAAAAAUGUCUCUGUUUCAGCACACAACUGCUUUAUUAAAAUGAAAUGGAACAUAUUACAAUUAACAGAGAGCG